AUGCUCCGAAAUAUCUCACUUGCCGCCAGAAGCAUUCUCUAUAGUCCACAAACGUAAAAAAUUGUUGUUUGGCCAGUCAAUAAACCGGUUUUUUUUUUCAGUAUCGCCCGUUCGUUUUCAACGCAAGCGGACUUUGAACAGGCGCAGAAGAAACUGAAGACGUUGAAAGAGGAGCCGGAUAAUGAUGUGAAGCUCAAAUUGUAUGCGCUGUUCAAGCAGGCCACGGUCGGGGACGCUCAGGGGAAGCGGCCCGGCAUGAUCGAUUUCGUCGGGCGCGCCAAGUUCGACGCAUGGAACAGUCUGAAAGGACAGACUCAGGACGAGGCGAGAGAAAAUUAUGCAAAGCUCGUCGGCGGACUCGUUUCGGAAGACGCCGCUGCGGCUCCAGCUCCGACCGGACCUUCAGUCGAAGGCCUGGAGAAUGUCGACGGACUGAUGGUGGCCCGCGAAGGAAAAAUUUUCAAGAUUACUCUGAACAGACCAAAAAAGUUCAAUGCGCUGACUUUGGACAUGUACAAGGGCAUUCAGAAGGCGCUGGAAGUCGCCAACAAUGACAAAUCCACGUCGAUCACCGUUAUCGCUGCAAAUGGCCCGUACUUCUCCGCCGGAAACGAUUUGACAAAUUUCAAAGCGGCUGCCGGAGGGAACAAAGAGCAAAUUGCCGAGAUGGCAAAUGCUGCGAAAGCGGUUCUUCACGACUAUGUCGACGUAAGUUGCUCGCCCGUUUUCCAUUCAUUAUCGCGUGUUUCCAGGCGUACAUCAAGCACGAGAAGCCUCUGAUAGGACUGAUCAACGGACCGGCCGUCGGGAUCGCCGUCACCGUGCUCGGGAUGUUCGACUACGUCAUCGCCACGGAUAAAUCAUCGUUCCACACGCCGUUCGCUCCGCUCGGACAGUCUCCGGAAGGCGCCUCCAGCUACACUUUCCCGCUGAUAAUGGGAUCGUUGAGAGCUUCGGAAAUGCUGCUCGUUUGCAAGAAGAUCUCUGCUCAAACUGCCAAGGACUACGGACUCAUCAACGAAGUGGUGCCCGACGCGGAGUUCCAGAUGCAAGCUCAGAAGGCCGUCGAGGAAUUCUCGCAGAUCCCACCGGAGAGUCUUCGCAUCAACAAGACUCUUCUCCGUUCGUUCCACCGCGAGAAGCUUCUCGAAGUGAAUGACGUAAGUAGUGCAUUUUAUUAGAAUUCUGAUCUAGUACUACAUUUUCAGAUCGAAUGUGACUUAAUUACUCAGCGCUGGCAAUCGAAGGAAUGCCACCAGGCACUCGCUGCUUUCAUGACGAGAGGAGCGAAAAAGUAA